AUGGAUCCGCUGGACCUCAACACGGACGCACCCGAGGUCGCCGCCGCUAUUGCAUUCCGGGAUGCUUUGCGAGCUCAGGCUACCGGCGCCGAGUGGAGCUCAAGUGCAGAGAUCUUUCCCGGUGCGUCAUCCCGUCUCGGUGUAGCCUCCCGUGCCGGUGCGGCGACCCAUCCCAGCGCGUCGGCCCCUCCCGGCGCGGCCUCCCGUCCCGGCGCGUCGGCCCCUCCCGGUGCGGCCUCCCGUCCCGGCGCGGCGACCCCUCCCGGUGCGGCCUCCCGUCCCAGCGCGGCGACGCCUCCAGGCGCGACAACCCCUCCCAGCGCGUCGGCCCAUCCCGGUGCGGCCUCCCAUCCAGGUGCCGCCUCCCGUCCGAGCGGCGCGACCCCUCCCGGCGCGGCGAACCGCUCCGGUGCGGCAGCCCGGCGUGCCUCGGGCGCCCAAGCCUACAGGAUGCCGCGCCCCUCCGCUAGCCUGGACUUCGUCCCAGAAGACAUGGCAGCAGUAGCAUCUGCCGGCGCUCCGCUGCCCCCAUCUUCGGUGGAGGACUUUGUUCUAGACAAAGCUGAGUGGAAUACCUCAAACAAUGCGAUAUUCUGUGAAAUUUGUGUUGAGGAAAUCAAAGCUGGGAAUAGGCCUAUUGGAGUUAUGACAAGUAGAGGGUAUAAGAACAUAGCUGAGAAGUACUUGUUAAGGACAGGGUUGCGUCACACUAAACUGCAGUUGAAGAACCGAUGGGAUUCACUUAAGGGUCUAUAUAACUUUUGGUUGUACCUUAACAAAGCUACUGGUCUUGGAUGGGAUAAUGCUAAAGGAACGGUGGUAGCAAGUGAGGCCUACUGGAAGGAACAAACAAAGAAACGUGCCGAAUGGAAGAAGCUAAAGAAUGGUCCACCAGAGUGUCUAGAACUACUUGAGGUGAUGUUUGACCUUACUGCUGUGGACGGUUCUUCUUCUUGUGUUCCUGGUGAAGGUGUAGGUGCAGGAGGUGAAGGAGAGGAAGGAGGUGAAGGAUAUGGCGGUGAGGCAAGCCCAAUGAGUAGCACUACAUUGAAGAGAGGUAGUACUAGUAGCAAAAGUGCUACAAGCCCGAAGAAGAAAGUAAAGAACCCUAUGGUUAAGAUAAUGAAGGGCAUAUGGGAUACUAUGCAAGCUAAUAGUGUUGUAGCCAAUAAGGUGAUGCAAGGAGAACUGAGGUUUGAAUCCAUCAAGGAAGUGAUGGGCUUGGUUGUGGCGUGUGGGGCAACGGAAGGAAGUGUGGAGCAUUUCAUGGCUAGCCAACUUUUUGUCAAAGCGAAAACCGUGACGUGUUCUUGACUUUAACCACAAAUGAAGGAAGGCUUGGUUGGUUGA